AUGAGUCAAUAUUACCCACCUGCGCCUGCACCUACACAACCUACACAGCCCUAUUAUUCUCAGACGGACCAACAGCAAUAUUACCCACCUCAGUCAGGAAGGUAUUCACCGGUUCCACAUUAUCAACCACCCGCGUAUGAGCAGGGAUCAUUUCGUGGUUCGAUAGCAGAAAAAUGGAAUCCAACACCAAAAUUUCAAGGCAUGUAUUUAUGGGCCUUUCUACUGUUUCUCGUUCACCUUGCUGGUUUCGUGAUUCUUAGUUAUAUUGGGUUAAAGCGGCUUAUAGAUAAUAAUAAACUUGGAGGGAAGAGCGAAUUUUUUAACCCUGAAAUAAUUCCACCAUUCGCUAUUUCCGGAGUGGCUGGACUUAUUUUGAGUGUCGUUUAUUUGCUUUUAAUGCAAAGAUUUCCACAACCACUUAUCAAAAUAACAUUAUAUCUGUCGAUUGCCACGUAUUUUAUCGCUGCUGCUUUCUUUUUCUUAAGUCGCUUAUACAUCUGGGCAGUUAUUUUUGUAGUUUUCGGUAUAUUAUAUUUAAUUGCUGCCUUUAGUUGGCGUAAUCGUAUUCCUUUUGCGGCAAUUCUGUUGGAGACAGUUGUAAGCAUCACAAGAAAAUAUUAUGGUGUCGUUAUAAUGGGUUUUAUAGGGUUAAUACUUCAGGUGGGAUGGUCUGUCUUGUGGAUCUUGAGUUUACUUGGAGCUUAUGAAUAUUUCGAUGCAACGAUGUGUACUGUCGCGAGUAAUGGUCGAAAGUCCUGUAGCAUUGGCCUCUACCUAAUAUUAGUAUAUUUGAUUUUCAGUUUCUAUUGGACAAGUCAGGUCAUAAAGACUAUUGUUCAUGUUACUGCCUCGGGAGUUUAUGCAACAUAUUAUUUCCUUGAAGGCACUCCUCAAGGAGCAGGCACUACUCCAACUCUUAGCUCAUUUAAGCGUGCAACUACAACCUCUAUAGGUAGCAUUUGUUUCGGAAGUUUAAUAAUUGCACUCCUUAGUACUACUAGAACAGUGCUACAAGCUUUUGCGAAUAGCGACGAGGGUGCCUGCGGAUUUUGUGCAGUCUGUAUCGCUUGCUUGUUAGCAUGGAUUGAGUCUCUUGUUGAAUACUUUAAUUUCUACGCUUAUGUUGAAGUCGCGAUAUAUGGUAAAUCAUAUUGUCAAGCUGCCAAAGAUACCUGGACCUUAAUCAAAGAUCGUGGUGUUGAAGCUAUUAUCAACGAUGAUCUUAUUGGAAAUGUGCUAACCAUGGGCUCCCUUUUAAUUGGUGUUCUUUGUGGAAUACUUGGAUACAUUUAUAUAUCUACUUCCAUACAGUAUUUAUUAACGGAGAAUACGAAUUUAGUAAUUGUAUUUGUUAUAAUUUGUUUUGUAAUUGGUUUUAUGAUGUGUGUGGUUAUUACCGAUGCCAUCGGCUCUGGUGUCUCAACUACUUUCGUUGCUUUGGCUGAAGAUCCAGAUGCGUUAAGAAGAACUAAACCUUUAUUAUUUGAGAAAAUUCGACUGCAGUGGCCCCGUGUUGUCCAAGGAAUUUAA